CAAUCUUGGUAGCAGACAAGCAUCUUGACUCUCCAAAACAAGUUCUAGGUCUUGCCAUGCCAGCCAGACUGGAGGCAAGACACCAACAUCUCUUCAAACAGUGAGCCGGAGGAUCACAUCAAGAGCUUCCACCCCACCCACACACACAUUUGACAAGAAAAAAAAAAAAGAAGUCUUCCUUGUACGUGAAACCCGAACUGUUCGUCUGUUGGUCUCUCAACGCGUUGUACUGUGUUCGUAAACAAAACACACAAAAAACAGCACCCAAGAAAGAAACCGGAUGGUGUUCUGCAGUGUCGGCUGAAAAAAAAUAACCUCGUCUUGGUUGGCUGCUUUUGAUUUAAGUUUCAAAUCACAUCCACUGUUUUUCUGAGUAAAACUGCUAAAGAACAGCAUCUGGGCGACCCUCACAGAAAUACAUCCAAAAACAAAGCAGCUAAACGGCAUCAUGGCCGUCGUCUCUGCCCAAACUCCGAGUAGCAUUUACCCGUCACACUUGCUUGAGGAAACACCAGAAUUCCAAGAUGUGAUAGCAAGUUCACCCCCACCAACAGACGAUGCCGACCUAGCUGCCGUCCGUGUGGGUACUGUUCUGUGGAAACUCCGCUCAUCCAAUGCCUGGUACCGUCGACGCUAUUGGGUUGAUACCCAAAACAUGCGACUUCACUACGAACCGAGCCACAAACCGUUCUGGUGCAAUGCCAAACAACACAUUGACAUCUUGGAUAUUAAAGAUGCUCGGUUAGGAUGGAAAACAGAUAUAUUUAAUUUGGCUGGCAGGCAGGCUGAGAAGAAACGGGCUAAAGAUCCACAACGACCUCCAAUGCUUAAAGAAGACUGUUGUUUUUCUAUAAUUCAUGGCCGGGAUAACAAAAGCCUGGAUUUAGUGGCCAGCGAUCCUGAAACUGCGGCCACUUGGGUCAGAGGAUUUAAAUCGUUGAUCACAGCUGUUCAAGCGGUUCAAAAACGGAGAUCUGAUCAACAGUGGUUGAAACUGUUGUUUAAUAAGGCGGACAAAGACGGUUCAGGUGCUUUGUGUUUCGACGAAUGUUGCCAACUUCUUCUGCAACUAAACAUGAAAAUCGAUCCAGAUGCAGCCAUAAAAUUAUUCCAGAUUUCCAAUGUAAGAAAGCGAAAAAUCAAAGGCGAGGACGCUAUUGAUGCUGAAGAGUUCAUCCAGUUUUACCAGUUGCUCCUCGUGCGCCCCGAGAUCGAUACCUUAUUUCGAAAAUAUUCUGAAGAUGAUGGAGCUUCAAUGUCACCCAACGGUUUACGUCAGUUUCUCGAAAAAGAGCAAUCGAUGAAAGAUGUUAAUGCCGAAUUCGCUGUCGGUUUGAUCCGACGUUUUGACCCUUCGCCAUCCAAAGAAAUGGGAAGGAUGACACUUGCAGGUUUUACGGCUCUCAUGACUUCUCCCAUGUUCGAAAUACUGGAUGAAAGUCAACGUGAUAAAGUUGUCCAUGACAUGACUCGUCCCCUCUCUCAUUAUUUUAUCGCUUCUUCGCACAACACUUAUCUGACGGGAAAUCAACUGACGAGCGAAAGUAGCAUUGAGGCCUACAUUACCGUCUUAAAGAACGGGUGCCGUUGCAUUGAACUGGACCUAUGGGAUGGAUCUGACGGAGAGCCGGUUAUUUACCAUGGAAAUACGCUGACGGGAACAGUGCCAGUCAAAGAUGUGCUGAAUGAUGCCAUAAAACCAUUUGCAUUCAAAACCACUGACUACCCUUUGUUCUUGUCAUUUGAAAAUCACCUCUGCCUGGAACAGCAGGCCGUGCUAGCCACUCAGAUUAAGGAUGCCAUAGGAGACUUCCUGUGUCUGAUGGACGUUGCGGAUAUGAAAGAACUUCCGUCUCCUGAACAACUUCGUAACAAGAUCAUCAUCAAAGCCAAAAAGUAUAUAUCCAGUGGAUCGCAUCAUGCACCUUCGACUACAUCGAGUCCUGCGCCUUCACCUCCUCCGGAGAAGGAAGAACAACUUGCCCAGAAGAAUCCAAGUUCCAGUCAACCAGCCGUGCCAUUGCCUCAUGCAAAUAGCAGCCAACAGGAGAAAACUUCACAACCAAUAGCCAAAGACCUGUUCGACAUGGUCAACAUUUGCGAAGCCGUCAAGUUCCAUGGCUUCGUCAACAGUCUUAAAAAAGACAAGUGCUACCACAUUUCGUCCUUUUCGGAGGGCAAAGCUCUGGAUUUGAUAACGGAAUCUUGUGAGGAUUUUGUCAGACACACUACACGCCAGUUGGUUCGGAUUUAUCCUGCAGCAACGAGAACGACGUCGAGCAAUUUCUCUCCAUUUCCUCACUGGGCAGUGGGCAGCCAAAUCGUAGCAUUAAAUUACCAGACAAACAGCAAAGAAAUGCGAAUGUACCGCGGCUUUUUCCGCCAAAAUGGCAAUUGCGGUUACGUACUGAAACCACAGUACUUAAUCAACAACACGUUCCCCCUACCGCUGGAACACGACAAGUUACAAAAAUAUCUGAAAGUGCGAAUCAUCAGCGGUCAAUAUUUACCCAAAGUUGGAGAAAGCGAAAAUUCUAUUGUUGAUCCUUACGUCACAAUCAAAAUUUUGGGCCAUUCAGCCGAUACGUUCUCGUUCCGUACUCGUGUGGUGGCUAAUAAUGGAUUUAAUCCAUACUGGGAUGAGGCCGUCGAAGUGUUUCUUCGAGCCCCAGAAUUAGCUGUCAUCUGUUUUACCGUCAAAGAUAGCCAAACGAUUGGUGCCAGUCGCUUCAUUGGAUCUUAUUCUCUGCCCGUCAAUCACAUCAGCCCAGGAUAUCGUCACGUUCCGUUGGUGAGGAACGGCGAACCGCUUUCUUCGGCCACUAUUUGUAUCCAGGUCGAAAUGAAAGACCUGAACGACUGAUGAAUGAUG